AUGGCGUCCAUGGCACUUUCAAUCGCUGCUCUUCCAAUUGCUUCUUCUUCUCUCUCUUUCUCUCGUUCAUGUUCUCCAACUGCCAUUCCCCUCGCUUCAUCCUAUUCCUCCAUCUCUCUCACCUCCUCAGUUCAACCACUCAUUUACUGCGGAAGAGGAGACAAGAAGACUGCUAAAGGAAAGCGAUUCAAUCACUCGUUUGGGAAUGCAAGACCACGGAACAAGACGAAGGGCAGAGGACCACCGAGGGUGCCGGUGCCACCAGCUCCACCACGGAAAGAUCGCUUCGACGACGGCGAGCAGAGGCGUUUUACUGUGUAUCCAUGGGUCUGCUUUACCCGGGUUUUACUUGACCCGGAAAAGGAAAACCCGAAGUCUAGUCGUGUGCCUCAUUGCGCGUUGCAUAGCCCAGAGUAA